AUCACUUCAUAUACACUUGAGUUUGGGACAGGGAACUCAAAAAAAAUUGAGCGACUCAGGCUAUACUGGUACUACCAAAACAACAUGGGUUUCCGCCACUUCGUAUGGUUUUUGUUGCUCUGCAUCAUCGUUAAUGAUGAAAGUUUAGCGAUUAAGGGGGUCCUAGGCCUGGCUUGCAACUGGGGAACACGUUCAACACAUCCUCUCCCACCUAACAUAGUGGUCAAGCUCAUGAAAGACAACGGAUUCAAUAAAGUGAAGCUCUUCGAAGCAGAUCCUGGGGCUCUUAAAGCUCUUGGGAAAUCAGGUAUCCAGGUUAUGCUUGGGAUACCCAAUGAGUUCUUGGCACCACUUGCAAGCAGCGUCCGAGUUGCCGAGGACUGGGUUGCCCGCAAUGUCUCGUCCUUCGUUUCCAGUUUUGGGGUCGAUAUAAGAUAUGUAGCAGUGGGUAAUGAACCUUUCCUCAAGACUUACAAAGACAAGUUUUUAAACAGCACAUUUCCGGCCAUCCAAAAUAUUCAAGCUGCCCUAAUAAAAGCUGGCUUAGGCCGACAAGUGAAGGUGACAGUCCCUCUAAACGCAGAUGUCUACGAAUCCGACAGCGGUGUUCCCUCUGGCGGAAACUUCCGAUCCGACAUCCAAGAUCUCAUGGUCUCCAUGAUCAAGUUCCUCAGCGAUAAUGGCGGACUCCUUACCAUCAACAUAUAUCCAUUUCUCAGCCUCUAUGCCGAUCCCCAUUUCCCUAUUGAGUAUGCUUUCUUCAAUGGCAGUGCCGCCCCAAUUGUGGAUGGCUCCAUCUCGUACACCAAUGUCUUGGACGCCAACUUCGAUACCCUUAUUUCGGCUCUUGAAAAGAAUAAUUUCUCUUCCAUGCCCGUCGUCGUCGGGGAGGUUGGAUGGCCGACGGAUGGCGACACGCAUGCCAACGUAAAGCUUGCCCAAAGAUUCAACCAAGGCCUGUUUGAUCGCAUAAUAGCAGGACAAGGCACCCCGAAGCGACCUACUCCAACCGACAUUUACGUUUUUGCUCUCAUAGAUGAGGACGCCAAGAGCAUCGAUCCGGGGAAUUUCGAACGGCAUUGGGGUGUCUUCAAUUACGAUGGAACCAUCAAAUACCCGUUGGAUAUGGGUAAAGGCCGGAAGCUUGUGGCGGCAAAGGGAGUCAAGUAUCUGGCGAGGGAAUGGUGUGUAAUGGCGCCAGAGGCAAGUCUUUCCGACCCCAAUCUACCGCAGAGCAUAACCUACGCGUGUACUUACGCGGAUUGCACCAGUAUGGGAUAUGGAUCGAGUUGCGGAAUGUUGGACGCGAGGAGUAAUGCUUCUUAUGCUUUUAAUGCAUAUUACCAGACCAUGGAUCAGAGGAAAGGUGCAUGCCAGUUUAAUAAUUUGUCAGUAGUGACGACUCAAGAUCCAUCUAAGGAUACAUGUCGAUUUCAGAUCAUGAUGGACCUUGGGAAGCACGAGAAGCCACGGUCACUAGCCGUUGGAAGAAGCCAGAUGAACUCACUCUUAUUCGUGACUAUGGUUCUUGUCCUGAUUACUUCAAUCAUUUGUUGAUUUCAGCAGUUAGUAUUCUUGAUGUCUAUGUAUAUGAACUCGAAACCAUUCAAUUUUAUUUUCUAAAGCGCAAUUCUUUUGAAUGAAUAUAAUCAUAAUUCUUCGGAUAAA